CGGCUGAGGCGGCCGGCUGAAGCGGUGGCGCUCGGCGGGGGAACAAAGAGCGGCGGCGGCGGCUGAGGAGCGGCGGCGGCGCUGCAGCAGCGGGCGAGACUGGUAUGGUGGUUCCACAGGUCAGACCCCGCUGCACUCACAGGGAGGAGGCGGCGGCAGCGGCGGCGGAGGCGGGCGGCGCACCCCGAGAGGCAUGCCCAAAGAAAAAUACGAGCCCCCUGACCCUCGGAGGAUGUACUCAAUUAUGUCCUCUGAGGAAGCAGCAAAUGGAAAGAAAUCACAUUGGGCAGAGCUUGAAAUAAGUGGAAAAGUAAAAAGUUUAAGCUCAUCUUUGUGGUCACUAACUCACUUGACAGCUUUGCAUCUGAGUGACAAUUCUUUGUCCCGCAUUCCUUCAGACAUUGCCAAGCUUCAUAAUCUGGUGUAUCUGGACCUGUCCUCUAAUAAAAUCCGUAGUUUACCGGCAGAACUCGGAAACAUGGUAUCACUCAGGGAACUCCAUUUAAAUAACAACCUGUUACGAGUUCUACCUUUUGAACUGGGAAAACUGUUUCAGUUACAGACAUUAGGCCUGAAAGGAAAUCCACUUACCCAGGAUAUCUUGACCCUCUAUCUGGAACCAGAUGGAACAAGAAGGCUACUGAACUAUUUGCUUGAUAAUUUGGCAGGUACUGCAAAACGAAUUUCAACAGAACAGCCACCUCCAAGAUCUUGGAUUAUGUUACAAGAACCAGACAGAACAAGGCCAACUGCCUUAUUUUCUGUCAUGUGCUAUAAUGUUCUUUGUGAUAAAUAUGCGACCCGGCAGUUAUACGGCUACUGUCCAUCAUGGGCACUAAAUUGGGACUACAGGAAAAAGGCCAUUAUUCAAGAAAUCUUGAGCUGCAAUGCUGAUAUCAUAAGUCUUCAGGAGGUUGAAACGGAACAGUAUUACAGUUUUUUUCUGGUAGAACUGAAAGACCGUGGUUAUAAUGGAUUCUUUAGCCCUAAGUCUAGAGCUAGGACGAUGUCAGAACAAGAACGAAAGCAUGUUGACGGCUGUGCAAUAUUCUUCAAGACAGAAAAAUUUACUUUGGUUCAGAAACACACUGUUGAGUUUAACCAGCUAGCAAUGGCAAAUUCAGAAGGGUCUGAAGCUAUGCUGAACAGAGUCAUGACAAAAGAUAACAUCGGAGUUGCAGUACUGCUAGAACUUCGAAAGGAAUUGGUUGAAAUGUCAUCUGGAAAGCCACAUCUUGGAACAGAAAAACAACUUAUUCUCGUGGCAAAUGCUCACAUGCACUGGGACCCUGAAUACUCGGAUGUGAAGCUGGUGCAGACUAUGAUGUUCCUGUCCGAAGUGAAGAACAUUAUUGACAAAGCCUCCUGGAGCCUCAGAUCCAGUGUAGUGGGGGAGCUGGGAACUAUCCCACUUGUGUUAUGUGCAGAUCUUAAUUCUUUGCCAGACUCUGGUGUUGUAGAAUAUUUGAGCACUGGUGGAGUAGAAACAAAUCAUAAAGACUUUAAGGAACUGAGAUACAAUGAAAGUCUCACAAACUUCAGCUGUAAUGGGAAAAAUGGAACAACCAACGGAAGGAUCACUCAUGGUUUCAAGUUAAAGAGUGCCUAUGAGAAUGGCCUGAUGCCUUACACAAAUUAUACAUUUGACUUUAAGGGUAUAAUUGAUUACAUUUUCUACUCGAAACCUCAGCUGAACACUUUAGGCAUCCUGGGGCCUCUGGACCACCACUGGCUCGUGGAGAACAACAUCAGCGGCUGCCCACACCCACUCAUCCCCUCUGACCACUUCUCCCUUUUUGCACAACUGGAGCUCCUGCUGCCCUUGCUGCCCCCGGUGAACGGCGUCCACCUUCCUGGCAGGAGGUAGUCAAGCACCUUCAGGGGACAGCCUCGGUGUCGUGUGUAAACUCGAAAAAAUCCGAGUACAGGGGAGUGAGGUACGGCCACUAGGGUUUUUUUUUCCUGAUGAUGAUUUGAAUUUUCAGCCCAACGAUUUGAUAAGGAUAUAGAUGAAAGCCAGGUGCUAGCAACAGACAAAUUCUGAGCCCAAUAUGCUUUACAAACUGUUAGACAGGGAUUGGUGUGUUUGCACCUAUCUAUAAUUUGUUACAAGUAAUUUUCCUGUUUCUUCUCUCCAAUAUAAUAUUUUCAUGCCUUGAAAUAGGAAAAUGUUUGAACAGCAUAUUCUCUUUGCACAGAAAUCUGUAGCACUACUUUUCUGAGGCCAGUAGUAACAUCCAGAGACCAUUCUUCCAUACUUGACUCCCUCCUUUUUCAGACUCAUUUGUAAAAUAGAGAAUUUGAAUUUAGCCUUUAUGAUUGUAUAUGAUCCACGGAAGACCUGAUUUAUGAAAUUUUGUACUAAAAAAAUCAGAUUUGGAAAUGAUUGUAUUGUAAACUAAGGCUAAAUUUUUUUACCUGUUUCAUGUGUUAUAAUAAAGGCCAGCUUGUAAAAGAAGUUGCAACAGACUUUCUCUAAUGAUUUGCACUGUUAGGGUUUUUGUUAGCCCUUUUGUACUACUUUAUUUUUAAAUUGAGAACAUUGCUUUUUAAAUCUAAAUCUGUUUAAACCUUAGGACAUUUUCUCUGACCAGAGGUAACUACGUAUGCAUGAAUUCCUGAAUUUUUAUGAAAACUAUCUACCAGGACAGAUAAGCUGAGCAGUGAAUGAUCUGUAGGCAUUUAUUGACUGAAUGUAAUGGUUGAUACAUGUACAUUCUGAUAUUUUUAAAUCUUUGACUUUUUUAAGUUCAAAAAUUACAGCUGCUUAGGUACAGCUUCUUAACUUCUCUUUGAGAUACUUCCUGUCCUAUCUCCACUGUGCCUGCCUAAAUUUGUUCUCACCAAGCACUGCCUGUGCAUACAGAGAAAAUCUGUGCAUCCUCUUUUAUAUUUUUAAAUGCUGUUUAACAUUUGUGAGAAUUUUAUGAAACUGCUUUUGUAUGAGCUGUGGCUUUCUUUCCAUUGUGUGAAGCCUUGACUAUCACAUUUGGGGAUGUGUUCAGAGGGUGGGUCCCUGGGGCUUUGCUUCUUGGUGUCACUGCACAGUGCUGUUCGCCACCCAGAUUACUACUAUCAUGCGAAUCCUUUUUGUUUCCCAUGUAUUCCUUAGUCUUCAUGUGUUGUUGUCUUAAGCAUUCCUUUUUUUAAGAAAAAAAAAAAGAAGUAACUUUCUGUGUAUGCAGCAGUAUAAAUUAGAUGCAGCAGGUCCCCCAGACAAUUCUUCAGAUCAUUUUUAAGGUGACUGAGUCAUUUUAAUAUGUCAUCCAAGAUGAAAGUUAUUUGUGCCCUGUAUUCUUCCGAUAGUGCCAUUCGUCGACUUAGAGAGGUAAAGCCAGCUUUAACUUUCCAGGGUUAACUUGUGUGCACACUCUGUUCUCUUUCAUUCAUUCUUCUCUCAGAAAAUCAAAUUAUUUCUAAGAAAGCUUGAUCUAACUGCUUUUGUUUCAACUGCAGGCAGGAGAGCAAAAGGACACCAUGUGAGCAUUAAGAAAAAAAUUGUUAAAUGUUAUUAACAAUUUUUAUACAGAGAAGGUCAUGUUGGAUGACUUAAAAUUUUAUGAAAAAUGUUGAGCACUUAAAAUGUGCUUACUAUUCUGUUUUUAAGAGAAAAUAAAAUUACAGUUACAUCCUGUUUAAACUCAAAGAUUUUCCUUUUUUUUAAAAUACUCCAGAAAGGUUUCGAUUUUAGACUGUUUGUCUGGGACCUGGGGACCUGGUUUUUCCUUUGAGUGUUUUCUUGUUUUUAAAGGUUUUGUUGUGAUGUUUUGUGUGUGUAUGUGUGUUUUGUUUCUUUAAUUUUUUUUUUUUUUUUUUUUAAUUUUAAGUUGCACUGACACCAAACAUGUCCAGUUUAUAAUCAGUACAUUGGAAAGCUGGUAUUAAUUGAUGUAGAACCAGUGCAUAGCUUUUUAUGAGAUUUUUGUUUUUAAUUUUUUGUAAAGUGUGAAUAAAAGGUAUGUUUACUCAUUUUUCCUAAACACUGUGUUGGUAAUAUGCAUCAUGACAAUUCCCAGUGAGGGUGAGCUGGAGGCGGUGGACUGAUCAGACGAAGGAAACUGCCUCCCCUGUGAUCUGCAUUAUGUAGCCGCGGGUCCAGAAAGCUUUAGGGAAGGGGGUGGGAGAAGCACUUCCUCGUUCUGUAAUUGUUACUGGAAGGUGAUACUCUUUCCAUAGAUGCUGGAACUGGAGUGCACUUGUUAGAUGCUAAAGGUUUGAGCUUUACACAAAUGUUUUCAUGUCUUUGUUAUUGUCUACAAUGUAUUUGAAUUCUGGGGCAGCAUAGUAAGAUAUAAUGGCCUGUUGUGUCUUGAAAAUAUUUGUUCUUGUCUCUUAGAGGCACACCGCAUUUUCUGGGUCGGUUUGAACGGCUUCUCCACCUUAUUUAGAUAGUGAUAAAUCAAACCAAGGGUGUAGAUUUACAGCUGUAACCUUCAAGAGGGAAAGAAGUAUUUUGGGCUUAUGCGGAAUAAAUGGUCGCACCAAAAUAAACUGCAGUACUUUUGUUAAGCAAGGUUUGUGUUUUAAAUGUUUUCUAUCCUGAAUAAUUUCCAAUAGUUCAUACUCCCUAAAAUGCAAUAAAAACUGUAUGUUUUCAUAGUGCAGGUUUUGUCCCAAAAGUUCUGUAACAAGUAUAUUUAAUGUGGUAUUGUUAUAAUGUAAGUUCAGUGCUCUUGCCGAUAAACCCAUUUUAUGAAUGUUUUAUAGAAAAUUUGGGGUAUAUCUUCUGUUUUAAAGAUCAGAAAUUUGGAGCAUUCAGUUCCUUGUAAAUCUUUUGAAGUGCAUACAGUCUACAGUGUUAGUGGUAAUUAUUUAUUCUUUGAGAAUUUAAAUAAUGUUCAUCAAAAUUAAUUUAUGACACAAUUUAACUAAAGUUGCAGAAGUAAAUUGUUGAAUACCUUAAUAGUCCCAGAAGAUAGGUGGAGAAAUCUCCAGGAGAAGUGUUUUUGUUUUUUAUUUGAUUUGAUUUGGUAACAACCAGGAAAACUUAUGCUUGGUUAGCACUUUGAAACUUAAGGAUAUUUAUUAAAUUGGGUGGAAUGCACUUCUGAAUGUUGAAAUUAAAAUUCAAAGCUCUUCUAAGAUCCAGGUUUUCAGUAAGAAAUUCAAGUGUUAGUAUUCCCCUCUUUACUAUUUAAACCCAUGGAGCCAGUGUCCAUGGUCCCUUUUAAGGUUUUGGGGUCAUGUCAUGUAAGGACAGAAGCCAACCCAGGCAAAACCAUUAGAGCAGUUUGUUCUUUUAAUGAAACAAUCAGAAUAUCCAGUACAAAUGCUGCAGGUAAUUGAAACAACAACUUUAGCGAGUGUUUCUCCCCACCCCCACCCCCCACAUAAACAGUAUUUUAACAGUAUUUUAAAGAUUUCGCUUUGCUCUUCUUUUAGGUUAUGUACAUUUUAAUAACUCAAAUGUCUUGGUUUUUUGGAGUAGUGUCUAAAAUAGAGUAUCUAGUCUUUAUUCACAGUACAUUAUAUUGUGUAAUGCACUGAACUGACUCUUGUUUACCAUUCAUGUAACAAAACCCAAGGUGUUGUCUGCACGAAGCUUGUGGAGUGUUGCAUCUGCCAAGGCGCCUCUUGGAAAGGGGUGAUGGGGAGCUGACUGUGUACAAGAUGGACUGGCGGUAACAAGGGCUCUUACUGUUCUCUUCAGUGGAUCUUCCUGGUCCGACUGUAACUAGCUAGUAUUAUAUUUAUAUACAGGGUCUCUUUUCCUUACCAAUGUAUUUUCCUACUCAUAGCCAACCAAUAAAUUCAAUAUCUGUUUCAAAUA